CUUGCACCAUACCACCUUUGACUUACCUCUGAGCUCGCAGGGAUAAUUUAACCCUGUCAAGUGGGCUGAAACCCAAUUCAACACCCCCAGCAUGGCUGCUUACUUCUUUGCAUCGCCCGUCGACGUUGAAGUUGUGCUCGAUGGUGAAGAUGAGCGCAAGAAGGUGGACAUGAAGUCAGAGAAGGACCGGGUGAUUACAUGCCCCGUAUACUACGACGGUGACUCUGUGUCAGGGCAGGUCACCGUACGCGUACGGGAUGGUAAGAAGUUGGCACACGAAGGAAUCAAGGUCGAGUUUGCUGGGAGCAUUGACCUAUUCUACGACCGAGGACAUCACCACGAGUUCCUGUCGCUAUCGCAGGAAUUGGCAGCUCCAGGAGAGAUGCGCCAAGCACAGACAUUCGACUUCCUCUUCAAGAACGUGGAGAAACAAUUUGAAAGCUAUCAGGGCAUAAACGUGAAACUACGAUACUUCGUCAGGGUGACAAUAUCCCGCCGAAUAGCAGACGUCACCAAGGAGAAAGAUGUAUGGGUGCACUCGUAUAGAAUGCCUCCAGAUAGCAACAACUCUAUCAAGAUGGAGGUCGGUAUCGAGGACUGCCUGCACAUUGAGUUCGAGUACAACAAAUCAAAGUACCAUCUCAAGGACGUCAUCGUGGGCAAGAUUUAUUUCUUGCUUGUGCGAAUCAAGAUCAAGCACAUGGAGCUUUCCAUCAUACGUCGCGAGACGACGGGUGCGCCGCCGAAUCAGUAUAACGAAAGCGAAACUAUUACCAAGUUCGAGAUCAUGGACGGUGCACCAGUAAGAGGAGAGACUAUUCCCAUUCGUCUGUUCCUUGGAGGAUUUGACCUCACCCCCACGUUCCGGGAAGUGAACAAGAAGUUCAGCGUCAGGUAUUACCUGAAUCUAGUACUGAUCGACGAGGAAAACCGGAGAUACUUCAAGCAACAGGAAAUCACGAUAUUCCGAGUGCCAGAGAACUAAUGUGAAUUCUUGCAUGAGCAUCAUAUUUGUAUUUAUCAUCCUCCCAUUCCACGUAACAUGUUGUAACUUUCGAUGCAUUCAUUUAUGCGCGAUGCAAUGUGACACCAAGUUGUUUACAUACAUAUUGCGAAAGUCGGAUAACCGUCUGAUAAUAACAGCUCACUAGAACGUGUGCAUCCGAAUAGGCCUCGCUUCCUAUACAGCAAAGGCAGCAGAACCGGGCGGGGUGGGGUAGAUCACAUGGUCUCCACCGCCAGUGUCGUGCCAUUCCGCCACAAUACUUUCGCGUAGUACGGGCUCGACUUGAGGCGUAGGCGUCCAUCUUCUGGGAGCUUGCCCAACACUCUUAAUGCGCGUUGACGGUAUAUCCGGGUCCCAAAUCUCCUGCGACACCGCUGCGGCUGAUAGCGGCGCGGUGUCGGAGACCGCCGACGCCCGAGUGGCGCGAGGGCGUCCUUUCGGCCUCGGGUUGCUGGGAAGGCUCAGGCUUCGCGUCGGCACCGUUUCAGACACCGCUGCUGCCUCGUCCGCGACUUUCUCGGCUGGAGCCAUGACUGCCGGCUCGGGAACCAGCACACUCUCUUCAUACUUCGGCACGGGCUUGCGCUUCACAGAACUGCCACGCCUCACGAGGCCCAUGCCGCUACUCACCGUGCGCUCGCUCGUUGAACGCGACAACAUGCCGCCUUCGAUGAACGUAGCAGAGUCGGCAAUCGACGGCGCGAUCGAGUCGCGCGGGAUGCCUGCGGAGAAGGCGUCGGGUUGCAUGCCUGGAUACUCCAUUGCUAGCGCGUGGAGCACUUCGAGUGUUUCUGCGCGGCCGACGUACGUUUGUGUGCUCUUGCGCGAUGCAUCUCGAACGAGCUUCCCCUCGCGCCGGUGCUGCUUGCUGCGGAGGUCGCCGAUGGUGUGGCGCGAGCGCGGCUGGCCGUAAACGGGCGGCGGGUACUCAAAGUCUAAUGCAGAGCGGGAGACCGCCGUCGCGAACGGAUCGGAGAGGUCCGUAGGAGGCAAUGCCGAUGAUUUCAGCUCGGGUGAUCUUCCUUCCCCCAGAGCCUCAUACUGCUCGCGAACUCCAGAGCCAGGUAGACCUAGGUCGGAGAAGCGGUUGAAGUCCAAGGUUGGAGCGCGGCCAUGGCGAUAGCGCACGACAACGCGCUGAGAUUUGCGCGGAGAAAGGUUCCGCGUAUCCAGCGUAAGUGCCGGAGCGGGAGGCUGUACAAGCUCCGUAGCGUACGGCGACAGGCUCGGAGUCGCGGGCCCGCUGGGCGGCGCAGAUACCUGGGUUACGAAAAGAAAUGACUGUCUCGGCGUUUCGGUAGACUGGCUAGUCGAGACUACGGGAGAAACAGGAAGGGACGGGCGUGUGGUGAUGGUGUGCGACCUGCUGACGGCCGCCGGUGGUCCUAUACUCUGCUCGUACUCGUGUCCACCGAUCUGGUGGAACGUAGCAGGGUUGGGCGAAGAAAUGAGGGCCAUGAGAGCAGAUCUCCGGAUCUGACGAGGAGCAGGUAUUUGCUUCACGAAGUGGAAGUCUUCUACUGCGUCAAGUCCUUUGAUGACACCGAUAAUUAGACAUGCCCUCCCGAAAAAUCGCAGGGCCCGUCGAGUGAUAGUGAGCCCGAAAUCGCCAGAGGCAAAUCCUAUGACACUCUCGAUCGCUCCGAGCUUGAUGCCUAGCGCCAUCCAGCCUAUCCCGUUGAAAAAGUGGCGCUCAUGGUCGUUUCCAUUCACCGUUACGUCUAUUCGUCUCUGGUCGAGCAUUGCGUUUAUAAGGCGGUAGAAGCAUGCGCAAAAGUUCAUCGCCUGGAAAAUUACGAAUACGACCAGGGUGAAACUGUUGAAGAACAACUCGAGAGUCCUGUCGUUGUACUUGACGCCGAUAAUAGAAGAAUUUGCGAUGUGGACGAAACCUGCAUGCUCGUCAAUGACCAGUUCAUUUCAGACAUAUUCGUUUUUACGCACGGUACGUAAGUGUAGCGAAUGACCCAAGCAGGUUGAAGACAAGGAUUAUCGGGAUCAUGCAGAGAAGAGCAUACUUCGUGAUGAAUUGAACACGCAGCGGCAGCAUAGGCACAAAAUCCUUCGAGCUGAGGAGAAACAGGAAAGACAAGUAGAAUGUGAGGGGAACAGUCGACGAGAUACCUGGGAAGAUGUCAUGAGAGCUC